AUGUGCUCAGCGCAAGUCAUUUUGGAUAUGCAAAAGGCACGGCAAGAGGGGUGGCACCGCACUCACAUGUUGCCAUGUACAAGGUCUUGUGGGUGGCAUUCAAAUAAGAGUGCAGCUAGUGAUGUGCUUGCCUGGAUGGAUCAGGCAAUUUCUGAUGGUAUUGAUAUCAUGUCACUGUCUCUUGGCUUCGACUUCCUUCCUUACUACAAUGAUAUCAUUGCCAUCGGUUCUCUUUCAGUAGUUGAGAAGGGAAUUGUUGUCCUAUGCGCUGCUGGGAAUGAUGGUCCUUCUCUUGAAGGAGAAUCAUACUUCCCCAAAAGCGUUUACAGUGCUGAUAAACCGUUGUACUACGGGAAAGACAGCGUGAGGAAAUCAACAUGCGAUUUUGGGGCAUUAGAUCAGAAAGAAGUGGCUGAAAAAGUACUCUUCUGUGAUAAUCCCAGGGGAGGUGGCAUUGAUGGACAGCUGGAAGAGGUAAGAAACGCAUUCACCAUUCCUGCUUUAAUUCUACCAAUGGCAAAAGGCUAUUUAAUUAAAGAGUAUGCAACAAGAGCCAAUACAACUCAAGUUAAAACCCUUACCUUUGUAAACACCAAUCUGGGGACAAAACCGGCAUCGCAAGUGGCGUUUUUGUCUUCAAGAGGACCAGACCCCAUCACCCCAAGAAUUCUAAAACCCGACAUAAUUGCUCCCGGUGUUGAUGUACUCGCUGCAGUUGCACCUAACAAGAGGUUCAUGGAAGUAAACAACUAUAAUUUGGCGUCAGACUAUCAACUAAUAUUAGGGACAUCAAUGGCAGCACCUCAUGUUGCAGGAGCUGUAGCUCUCCUAAAGGCUGUUCACCACGAAUGGAGCCCUGCUGCCAUUCGAUCAGCGAUCAUGACCACAGCAUACAACCUCGACAACACUGGAAACACCAUAAAAGACUAUAUCGAGUUUCUAUGUGGCCUUGGAUACACUACCAAGCAGAUGAGCGCUGUUAUCCGACGAAAUCAAUGGAGUUGCAGGCAACAACCUACUGAGCUAAACUACCCUUCUUUUAUAGCCAUCUUCAACGGCACAGACAACUCUCCGAAAGCAAAAAACUUCACUAGGGUUGUGACAAAUGUCAGAUCACAUUUCAGUUCCUCCGUUCAUUCGAUCCCUCAAGAAUCCAAUCCUACGACCAAUCCUAUUCCUACCAGGCCUAUUAUCCCUACAAUCACCCCCAACAAUCCGACCACCAACAACAAUACCAACAAUACUACAAUCCACCACCACCACCCCAAUUACCAACAACAAUCCGACCAACACAUACCAACAAUACUACAAUCACCACCACCCACCACCCAGGAUUACGCCACCGCCCACCCACCACCAAUACCAUCAAGAACCCAUUUCGAUUCAUCCUCCCGGGGUCCCACUUCCGCCCCAACAGCCACAAACGGCGGAUCCUGA